UAUUCAUCCUUUUGCUGCACCAUAUUUUUCUCGGUUAGUUGUUUAACUGGUGGCGACUUUUUAUUUUUGAGUUACUUUCUAACGAAUACGUUUUAUUUUGUUCCAAGUUUUGGCGGGUGGGUUAGACAAUAGCAAAUUCAAAAGCAAAAUGGUCUCCUGAAAUUUGAAUAGUACAUUAGAAAACAAAGCGAAAUUUUGAAUUGAAAUAUCCAAUGCUUUGACAUUAAGGUCAAUGGGAUUGUGGAUUAAGGUUUCCAUUGAUUGUCACAGAUUUAUGUAGAAGUUUUGAAUUAAAGUAAAAGAUCCAGUCUAACAAUGGAUGAUCGGGCAGAAUCUGUCAGAUCUGGUCGUAGUGAUAGGUCAGAAAGGUCACAUCGUAGUCAUGGCAGCAGACAUCAUCGUCACCAUGGUGGUGGGGGUAACAGAGCCAGUAGUCGAGCCUCCGACAGAAGUGGUUUUAGGGACCAGAGAGAAAACCGUUCUGUUACUAUAAAUACCCCAGCAUCAGAGAAUGAUGACCCAAUGGAGAGGGUAGAAGUCCAGAUUCUUCCUCAGGACGACAACUGGGGGGAUAACACAACAGCUAUUACAGGUAACACCAGUGAGACUGGAUUUUCUAUGGAUGAAUUCCGUUCUAAAUUUGGAAAGGAAAGUUUUGACGAUAACAUCGGUAUUGGUUGUGCUCGAUACAUUGGAACUGCUCUAGCAGGAAUCUUAAGUGUCAUAGGAUUUCUCUCCCCUGUUGCUAUGGUAGUGCUACCAAAACUUUUAAGUAACUGGGAGUCAGGAGAGUGUGCCCCUGAAUGUGAAGGACUUUUAAUCAGCUUUGCAUUUAAACUGUUGAUAUUAUGUAUUGCUACAGUAGCUCUAUUCUUCAGGCAGCCCAAAGCAACAAUGCCAAGGGUAUUCUUGUUUAGAGCAGUUGUUCUAUUUUUAGUUUUUAUCUUGACUUUUGCUUUCUGGCUGUUUUAUGGAGUCAGAAUUUUAAAAGAAAAGAAAACUGCAUAUUAUGACAUUGUAAAGUUUGCCGUAUCGUUAGUCGAUGCUCUCCUCUUCAUUCAUUACAUAGCAGUCAUUUUACUGGAAAUCCGACAAAUUCAACCUAUGUACGUUGUGAAAGUCCUACGAUCCCCUGAUGCUGAAUCUAAAUGUUAUAAUAUUGGUGCACUAAGUAUUCAGCGAGCAGCAGCAUGGAUAUUGGAGCAAUAUCAUAGAGAUUUUCCAGUAUACAAUCCAUACUUGGAAAACAUCACCAAGAGACCAGCUAAGAUGACAAGUCUCAAGUUUUACAACGUUGAUGGUAACAAUCAACCUCAGAAUCCACAAGAUCGUCCUCGUGCAAUAUUUGCCUCUCAGUCUUCUAGGAGAAGAGAUGCUAGUCAUAAUGACAGGUUUUAUGACGAGUUGGAGUAUGAGAGACGAGUAAGAAAGAGGAAGGCACGGUUAAUGGUUGCUGCAGAGGAAGCCUUCACUCAUAUCAAACGUAUGCAGGAUGAACAAGGACCUGCCAUACCAAUGGACCCUCAUGAAGCUGCACAAGCAGUCUUUCCCUCAAUGGCUAGAGCUCUACAGAAAUUUCUACGGAUCACACGACAACAACCAAAAUAUUCAAUGGAUAAUGUUUUAAAUCAUCUUGCAUUAUGUAUUAACUACGAUAUGAGCCCGAAAGCUUUUGUAGAGAGAUACAUGCCUCAUGGUGCCAUCAUAAUGAGUGAAAAAGACUGCAGACCUGUUACAAAGUGGGUGCUAGUUUGUGAUCAGUUACUCUCUAGAGAGAUCGAACAUAAUCUCACAUUUCAGUUACGACAAAAUGAUGUUUCUUUACUUUGUGUUGUUAAACGUCUGCCUCAUUUUAAUUUAACUGAAGAUGUGAUUGAUCCAAAGACCAACAAGUUUGUCCUGAGAUUGAAUUCAGAAACCUCUGUAUGAGAAUAGGGGAUUUGUUCAAGCUUAUUAUUGAUGUGGGAAAAUAUGUAGCAGUUUCAUUUUUAUCAUCGUAUGAACUGCUGAUGGAAUGCCAUUACAGAUUUGAUACAAAAGAAGAAAGAACACAAAAAUUUGUUGUAUAUUUCAUUUACUAUUAUAUAAGUCUCAGAAGGUGCCAUUAAUACAACUUACUGUAUAAUGAAUAUAUCUUAAUGAUGAUAUGCUUUGAAAUUAUAAUGUACGUGUUUACAGCAAAUGUGCCAAGUCCCGAAAUACAUUUGAACUCUGGGAAAAUUGAUAUUGUCCCAGUUAAAGACACAUUUGGUUGACUAAGGUACGGUCCUGGGGUUACAAAUAUGCAUUUCUACCAAAACACAAACAUAGGAAGCAAUUAAGUAUUUAUAAGAUGUAAAACGGCUUUUGUGAAUCAAAAUAUUUGACCUUUGUAUACAAUAAAACAUAUGCAUGUAGGUAUAUAAAAUUACAACAGUUGAUAUUCAUGUUAGUCAAUGCAUGGUUAGUGCAUAUUUUCUCUCUCAUAUGUUGAAAUAGGUUGUAAGAUAUUAAAAUGUUAAAUACUGAAAUCAAAAUGCAAGUUUUGAAAAUUAUCCAAUAAAAUUUAGCUUUAUUUAUUGUUUGCAUUUUUUUAAUGUUCUAAAAGUCUGUAAGCAUGUGAAAAAGUUUAUACUAUUUUCUAAAGGCAAAAAAAUAUAUACAAUGCAUCAAUUCCUACCCUAAUUUCUCAUGCCUACCCUUACACGCUUAUAAACAUUUUUGGUUAAGCACUUUUAAAGUAAAGACAUUUUAAGUUAUGAUAUUAAAUAAAUGUAUACUUAGAUCUGUUAAUGUGCAUAACAUUUCCUUGUGUGGUCUAUGAAAAAUUGAAAAAGAAAGAUAUUCUACUGGAGUUCCUUAUUUUUAAAUGCAACAAGCUUUUAUAGUUUUUGUGGCCUAUUUAAAAUAAGUCUGAAUGAUCCUACAAAAGAUAACUCUUUUCUUCCAACUUUGUUCAAUGCAAAUGAUAAAAAAGCCAGUAAAAAAUGUAGAAGUUCAAACAAUUUGUGUGUGUAACAGUCAAAUUCAUCUUUUUUAUAUGUCAGUUAUAUAAAUUUUUGAAAUGUAUAUCAUGAAUAUUAAUAGAUAAUUUUACACAGUGAAAUCCGGUUGUGAUCAGCUGAUCUUGGUUAGUGCUUUACAUUGCCUUACAUGAAACAUUUACAUUUGUAUUUUCAUAUCAGUUUAUGAUACAUAAUUUAUUCACCAAAGAAAGAUCUGUAUUAAGUUGACAUAAAUGUUGUGCUUUUUGAAUGUAUAAUCAUAGUGUUAUCUUGAAAAAAGCUGAAUUAACCUUUUUUUAAUAAUAAGUAGGGAAUAAUGCAAUAUUAUAUCAAUUGUCAUGACCAUAAUUACUUCCAGUAGAAGGUUGAUUUGUGACCUUAUCUACCAUAAAAUCAAACACAUUUGAAAUUUCAUAUAUUUGUUUCAAAACAAAAUUUGAAUAAUGAAAAAAUCUAUUCACUUGGUAAAAAAAAACUGUUUGGAAUAAAACUAUUUCAAUUUUACAUCAUGUACAUGGUUGAUAGGAACAUUAAAAAAUGGAAAUUUCAAAGCUCCUGAAAAUCAAUCUAUUUAAAAGAGAUUUUAAUUUUAAAAUAAUGUAAACUGAUUUCAUUUAAAUGAAUUUGUAAUUGUAGUCUUAUAUAUUUGAUGAUGUUUUGAAAUACAGACUAACAUUAAUAAGCAAAUGUUAUGUACUUGAUAUAUUGUUGUGAAUUGUCAUACACAUAAACAUAUAAUAAAUUAUCACUUUCUAUAAAACUGCUGGCAUUUUUAUAUCUAUACAUUAUUGUUUUUACAUAUCUUUAGAUUUAGUUGAUAGUCAUGAUCUCUAGUUACUAUGUAUGUGUUUUAUUUUGUAAAUAAUCUGCUUCUCUAGAUCAAAAAGUACAUGUCAUGUCCAUGUGUAUAUAAAGAGUUGUGUCCCUUUUUACAGUAAACAUUUUAUUAUAUUUUGUAUACAUGUACCAUCACUGUUCUUACUAGGUUGUUUAACAUAGCUAUGAUAUCCUUGAUUUUCUAAGUAGUAUUUCAAUUUUGGAAGUAGGAAAGUGUUAAGAAAAAAUACUGUGUUUAAAAAAGAAAAGAAAACUAGAUUGGUACCAGCAUUAUAUGCUACCCCACAUCAAAAUUGGGAAGUUGAAAUAUUAGGAUAACAAGCAGGAUUAGUUAUUUAUAGUUUAAGUAAGAAGAUUAGACACAAAAUAUAUCUACAGUGUUGCUUAAUUUAGGGGGGUACUAAAGUUGACAGUACAAACAAUACUAAUUGUACAAAAUAUUAUAUUUUAAAGUAAGUUGUUUUAUCCUUUAACAUAUCAGUUUUAUUCAUUUCCUUGGUCACUGCCUUGUAUAAAACUUGUUUCAUUGUUUAGCACAAAAUGCUGAAUUAGUAUUGUUCAAAUAAUUGUUGAGGGGGAUAGGACCUUUAUCAGGACUCCGGGAUAAGGUGUUUUUAAUCUCGGGAUUUCGGGAUUGACCCUUUCGGGAUCUGGGAAUUCCUUUUUUUCAAAUUUCAGGACCUCAGGAUUUCAUGUUUUUAAGCCCGGGAUUUCGGGAUCAGGACCCCUCCUACCCUGCCUCAUUGUUAUUCUGUAGUUUUCAUGAUCUGGGGUACAAUUUAUAAGGUCAUUUGAAGGUUACUUACUAGUAGUUGUGAAUUACAAUCAAUGUUGUUAUUGUAUCAUUAUGUAAAUUUUUGUACAUUUAUCAUAGAACAUUUUGUAAAAUAUUUAAUUUUCAUUUUUGUAUUCUUGAAGAACAAUUCAUAUUCAUUGUAUAGCAUGCAGAGAACAAACUCUUAGAAUAGAAUUAACUUUUAGUAUUUUUUUUUGUACAGAAAUUGAAAAGAAACCAUGUCUUUUUUAUAACAAGUAGGAAUGGUAAUAAGCCAAUAAAAUAAUUAAUGUUUUAUAGAUCUGAAAAUGAGAUUAAUUUACAAAAUUCAUCAAUUUUAUAUAUGAAAAAAUUGAACAACUUUCUCUUGGUCCUAGUCAGAAUUUUCUCAUCUUUUUCUUACUCAAUAACUGACCUAUAAAUAUAACAGUUGUCUUCAUUUUAUGGUAGUGCCAUUAUAAAAAAUAAUAAUGAUUUUACAAAUUGAUAUAAUCAUUAAUAAUUUAAGAAAAAAAUGAAAAAUAGAACAGAGCUUAUCAUGUAUAAAUAGAUUACAUUCUAUUUAAAGAUACACUAGCCCAUGUCCAUGAACAAAAAUCUCCUUUUCAAAUAUCUGAUCCAAUUUUUGUUUUAUCAUUAGAUGAAGUAUGGUAAAUGUAUUUACACAUAGUAUUAUUUGCUGAUCUGUACUUUUACUAUACACUCUUUUAUAUCCAUAUAAAACUACAAGAUCUGAAUGUAAAUUUGAAAAUAUUUUGCUGUAAUUUUUUUUUACAAUUUAGUCUUGUUUUUUCAUGUAAUCGUGUAAGACUUUUCAUCAGAU